AUGUCAGACCUGAUACGAGACGCUCCCAUCGGAGCUAUCCUCAGAUGGGCGACUGGAAAUAAGAUCCUCCAAUAUCCAGAAGAGAAGCCGGACUUUCACUGCCCCACAUGCUACAGUUCAAGCCAGGCCACACCAACACCGGAGAAAGCGGAGCCAUCCCUUCCGGUCGUCGACACUCUCCACGGGGAUGUCCUCCCUAGCAAGCCCGAAUCUGAUGACGCUAUAUUAGAAAAGCGGAAAACGCUUGAGAGAACUGUCACAGCGAGCACUGCUUCCUCUUCCGCAUCUAACCUAAACAGACCCCGGACGACAGCCUCUGCUCGUCCAGGACUCGAGCGAGUAGCGACACGGGAGGCUCUACAAGCCUCUGUGACACGCGAGGAUCUCGAGAGGCAGUUUACCAUUGCGAGUGUGACAAGGGGACCCAGCAAGCCCGUCGAACCGGCGAAGCUGGACGACGGGACUAUUUUGGUUGACUGGUACACUACAGAUGACCCGGAAGACCCUCAGAACUGGUCAUCGGGAAAGAAAGCCUUUGCCGCCUUCCAGAUCUACAUUUACACCCUCGCUGUCUACAUGGGCUCCGCAAUCUACGCCCCGUCAGUUGAAGGUGUCGUCCACGCUUUCGGUGUCUCUUACUCGGCGGCCUAUCUCGGGCUGUCGAUGUACGUCCUAGGCUACGGCAUCGGUCCCCUAAUAUUCUCUCCCCUCUCCGAAGUCCCCCGCAUCGGCCGCAACAUCCCCUACGUGGUCACAUUCGCCAUCUUUGUGAUCCUCUGCGUCCCAACGGCCCUAGUCGACAACUUCGCUGGACUAAUCGUGCUGCGCUUCCUGCAAGGCUUCUUCGGGAGCCCGUGUCUGGCUACUGGAGGCGCAAGCCUGCAGGACAUGUACAGCCUGAUCAAGCUGCCCUACGUGCUCUCCCUGUGGGCGCUGGCCGCAACCUGCGGUCCUGCGCUCGGCCCCAUCAUCUCGGGCUUCAGCGUCGCGGCCAUGAACUGGCGAUGGUCGCUGUGGGAGAUACUCUGGCUCGCUGGGCCGGUGUGGGUGCUGCUGUUCCUGUUCCUGCCCGAAACCUCGACCCCGACGAUCCUGCUCCGGCGCGCUCAACGCCUCCGCAAAGCGAGCGGCAACAACCAGCUGAAGAGCCAGUCUGAAAUCGCGCAAGCCUCGUUGAGCGUUAAAGACCUCGCGAUCGAGACCCUAUGGCGCCCAAUCCAAAUGAUGCUGCUGGACCCCGCCGUCGCUUUCACGGCCCUCUAUACCGCGUUGGUGUACGGCAUCUUCUACUCCUUCUUCGAGGUCUUCCCGCUCGUCUAUAUCGGCAUGUACGGCUUCAAUCUUGGGCAGAUGGGGCUGACCUUCCUGGCCAUCACCGUCGGGGUUUUUGUAUCCAUAGCCAUGUACUGGAGCUAUGUGUACUGGAUCGUCGAGCCCGAGAUCCGCCGGUCCGGGCUGGGCGCACCGGAGAGACGGCUCAUUCCCGCGCUGUACGCCAGUGUAUUGUGUCCCGUGGGCUUGUUCAUCUAUGCGUGGACGAGCGACCCGGACAUACACUGGAUCGUGUCGUGCGUCGGCGUGGCGAUCUUCACGGUCGGGGUUUUUCUGGUCCUGCAGUGCAUCUUCUUGUAUUUGCCGCUUACGUACCCGCAGUAUGCGGCGAGCUUGUUUGCCGGGAAUGAUUUCACGAGGAGUGUGCUGGCGGCGGCGGCUAUUCACUUCUCGACGCCGCUGUUUGGAGAUCUGGGAGUCGGGCCCGGUGUGAGUUUGCUGGCUGCGUUUACGGUCGUGUGUGUGGGCGGAGUGUAUUUGCUGUACUUCUAUGGGGAUUGGCUUAGGGCGAGGAGUCGAUUCGCGGCGAAGUGA